UUUGUUUUACGAUUUGUUUGUUGUUGUUUUUGAAUAAACAUAAAAUAGUGAUAUUAUUUAAACGUAUUUAAUCUUAACUCGUUUAAAUCUUCAAUAAUUUAGUAUAGUUCAUGUGACCUGCCACAAAUAAUAUUAUGACAUUAUGGCUGAUGAAGAAGUUGUAGAGGAAGAACCUGAUAUAGUACAUGUUGGCAGUGGCGAGAGUGAGUCAGGCUUGAGUCCAAUAGAACCCGCCAAACCUAUUGCUCCAACUAAAUAUGAUGUCAGACCUAGCCUUGGAGAAAAAUUUCAGAAGGAGAACGUCUGGGAGAUCAUAGUGCUGACGAUGUCGGAGCAGCUAUCGGGCCGGCAGUACCGCGCGGACGAGGCGCCCAAGUGGGCCAAAUCCAUAUCUAACGCCGUGCGACAGAGGGUCCAGGAACUUGACAUGAAAAGGUACAAGAUUUUAGUUCAAACUACAAUAGUAGAGAUGAAGGGCGCGGGAAUCAAGUCGGUGCAGCGGUGUAUCUGGGACCCCGAGACUGACAGCUACGCGGAUGACCUCUAUAGGAACGACUCUAUAUGCUGUUAUACCGUUGUCUAUGGCACUUAUAUGUACUAGUCGGGGAAUUACCAAAUUUUAAUGUGUGGGGGAGUUUUUACUUAGGUUUAAUUUUAUGGGGAUUAUCUACACCGUCUUCUAGAUUCUAGAAUGUGUGAUUACUGAUUUUUUACAAGAUAUGUUUCACGCAAACAUAACAGAAAAUACAAGAAAGGUGGUACAAAGUCUGGUACUCAUACUAAAAUUUUUUACGCCACAGACAGAAAUGAUAUUUAUUUUUAAAACUUCACAGUUCACACAAUAGUGUUUUACAAAUUACACUUUUUUAUAUAUUUUAUUCAGUAACGGAACUGUGCAGUUCUAUCGUAACCUAUGUAGCAAGGUGUUAUAAUUUAGUGUAUUUUUUUAUUUUAUAGUAGGUAGGUAUCUAAAUGAAUUCACUCACGUCGCAAACACAAAAUUGGCAUUAAAACACGUACCUAGUACCUAAUGCACAAUGUAAAUUACGUAAUUCGUAAAAAUAAAACGAGAUGUUUUAAGUUCACAAAAUAAAUGAGGAGUGCCUUAAA